AUGCUCGACAAGAUCAGCAACGCCAACUUUGUGCCCGAUGGUCGGGUUUACCACGUCUCGGUCAAGUCGGGUCAAGUCGCCAACCGCAUCGUCACCGUCGGCGACCCGGCCCGCCUGCACCGCUUCAAGCGCUUCCUCGACAAGGAGCCCAAGCCGUUCGAGCAUGCGUCGGCGCGAGGGUACACGACCGUGACGGGCCGCUACAAGGGCGUGCCCGUGACCCUCAUCGCCAUCGGCAUGGGCGUCGCCAUGGUCGACUUCUUCGUGCGCGAGGUCCGAGCCGUCGUCGACGGCGACCUCGCGAUCAUCCGGUUCGGCUCGUGCGGCUCGCUCGACCCUUCCCUUCCUGUCGGCUCGAUCGGCAUCCCCAAGCAGGCCCUGCAGAUCAGCACCAACUACGCGCACUGGCACGGCGAGAGCGACAAGGAGGCUGAGCCGCCGUACCUCUUCUCGCCACCUAUCCCGGCGGACGCAGAUCUUCAGGCUGCUCUCGUCUCGUCCCUGAGCGGCUCGGUCGCGUCCUCAACCUGCAAGGUCCGCUCGCUCGAGCUCCACGCCUCGGCAGACUGCUUCUACUCGAGCCAGGGCCGCAUCGACCGCAACUUUCAGGACGACAACGAGACGCUCAUCGACGACCUCGUCAAGGCCAACCCGGACUGUGCCAGUCUCGAGAUGGAGAGCGCCCACCUCCUCCACCUGUCGCACCUGUCGCCCAACAUCCGCGCCGCAGCCUGCCACAUGGUCUUUGCCGACCGCACCGGCGGCGCCUUCAUCGACCCGGCCGUCGUCGAGGAACUCGAGCCCAAGGUUGGCCGCGCGUGUCUGGACGCCCUCGUCGGUUGGGACGUCGAGCGGGAGCACCCGGAGAGGGGCGCCGUGUGGGAGAUGUAGCGGGUGACGCAACCGGUGCAGGGCG